UAAAACAUAUCAUUUUACUUGACUUUAUUAUAUUAAUUCAUAUUUAUAUAUAUAGAGAGAGAUUUCUUAAAAAUCAAUCCAUUCCAGUUUUUUAAAAUCAAUAAUUAAAAAAAUAAAAAAGCAGUAGUACCAGAUUUGCGUAAAACCCACUUGAUUGCUUUACCUUCCUCUCUCUCUCUUAGCUCUGUUUUUCCUCUUCUCUCUAUUAUGACUUGAAUUCUAAGUAUGAUUAUCUUUGUUCCCUUUAAAUCAUAAGAAAAUAUUCUUGAUUUUUCUACUUCUUUCAAAUUCAAAACGAUAGCUACACCACACACACACACAUAUAUAUUCCUCUCCCUCUCUCUCUCUCUUCCCACCUCAAUAUAUAUAUAUAUAUAAAAGCUUAUAUAUAUUUAUUUUUCUCAUGUCAGAGUGAUCAAAUUCCUCACAAAUAUAUAAAUAUAGACAAAUACCCACAUCAGUUUCUUGAUCACAAUCAAUAAAAAAAAAAUGGGACGACAUUCAUGCUGUUUGAAGCAGAAGUUAAGAAAAGGUUUAUGGUCACCUGAAGAAGAUGAGAAACUGUUCAAUUACAUUACUCAUUUUGGUGUUGGUUGCUGGAGUUCAGUUCCUAAACUUGCUGGUUUGCAAAGGUGUGGGAAGAGUUGCAGAUUAAGAUGGAUAAAUUACUUGAGACCUGAUUUAAAAAGAGGAAUGUUUUCACAACAAGAAGAAGAUCUCAUCAUUAGUCUUCAUCAAGUUCUUGGAAAUAGGUGGGCUCAAAUUGCAGCACAAUUACCAGGAAGAACAGAUAAUGAGAUAAAGAACUUUUGGAAUUCAUGUUUGAAGAAGAAGCUAGUGAAGCAAGGAAUUGACCCAACUACACACAAACCAUUAAGUAAUGAAAACAACAACAACAACAACACUAUGGAAUUAGCCAAAGAUAAGAAAAAUGGUACUACUACUACUACAAGAGACCAAAAAGAGUCCUUAAUGAUCAUACCCCAAUUUCAUGAUCAUCAUCAUCAUCAUCAAUCAAACACAUUGGCUUCUAAUCAUCAUGGCCCUACAUUUCUCAUGUCAGAUGAAACUACAACUACUUACUAUGAUCAUUCCUCUACCAAUAAUAAUGGAGUUGUACUAAUCACAGACGCUUCUUCAAAAGACCAAACCAAUUUGAUCAACAUCAAUAAUAAGUCGAAUUUCGAUUCCCCCUUGUUGUAUUUCGACCAAUUCACUACGAGUAGCAGUACUACAAUGGAGCCAGUUUCUGGCGGUGGCGGUGGCUACAGCUCCGAUCAACUAAUUCCUUCUCAGUUUCACAAUGGUAUUAAUAGACCAUUAUCUGCCAUGAAUCACCAAAACUAUGGGAGCUGUUUCGCUUCAAUGCCGAGCUUGGCGAGUUCAGGAGCAGAGUUUUCGGACAAUAAUUCUGGUUCGAGGGUCAGUUCCUUUUUCAUGAACGAGGUUAAGGAAACUUCAAGUAACAGCUCCAACGUAAGUAACUAUGCUGGUUAUCAUCAUCAUCAUCAUCACAUGAACAAUCAUAAUCAUAAUAAUAAUAAUGGAGCUUUUUCAACAACUUGGGAUGUUGAAAACAAAUUAGAGUCGUUGAUUUACCAACAGUUUCAAGGGAUUAAUGGGAUAGUAAAGUCAGAAGAACAGCAACUCGUCAUGACUCGGCCGAGUUCGUGGAAUGAAUCGGCUGAGCAACAACAACACCAACAACAACAAUUUCAUCAUCAUCACAGCUCUGUAGAUUUCGGUACCUAUCCAUUAACGUCACUGUCAGAAGAUUUAACAGGUGCUAAUUUUGAUGUCUUCCACCAAAUUUAAAAUUCCCAAGUAUUGUUAUAAAUGUAAAUUCAUUCUCUUUUUUUUAUUUAAUUUUUUUUAUGGGGUUUCUCUUUUCUAUACAAAUACACAAAGAUAUGUUGAUAGUAACAAGGAAAAAGGUUUGAGAAUCUGAAGAUUUUUUUUUUGGGGUGUUUUUUUUAUUAUAUAAAUAUAUACAACUAGGCAAUGAUUAAAAUACUACAUAGCUAGCUUAGCUAGGGGCGAUUUUAUUUUAAUUUUAUUUUUUCGAAUUUGUUUUUGUAAUUGUUUAAAAGAGUUGAAAUAAUAAAGUAAUUAAUUGAGUGUGGUAAC